GUAAUGUUGACAGUCAUUGCCCAGUUUACGUCGCAUAAUAACAAGUCACUGCUACUGCUGAAGGGGAGUUGAACAGUUGUUAUGGCUCUGAAGAGAAUACAGAAGGAACUCCAUGACCUCCAGAGGGACCCUCCAUCGCAGUGUUCAGCUGGACCUGUGGGAGAGGACUUGUUUCAUUGGCAAGCAACAAUUAUGGGCCCAGGUGACAGUCCAUACCAGGGUGGUGUGUUCUUCCUCACAAUCCACUUUCCUACAGACUACCCCUUUAAACCGCCAAAGCUAGCCUUCACAACUAAAAUAUACCAUCCCAACAUAAACAGCAAUGGUAGCAUAUGUCUGGACAUCCUGAGAUCACAGUGGUCUCCUGCCCUCACUGUAUCGAAAGUUUUAUUGUCCAUAUGUUCUCUGUUAUGUGACCCAAACCCAGAUGACCCUUUAGUACCCGAUAUUGCUCACAUCUACAAAUCAGACAAAGACAAAUACAACAGACUAGCAAGGGAAUGGACUCAGAAGUAUGCCAUGUGAAGCUUUGCCAUAGGGUUGCAGGAUAGCAUUUGCCCUGGGUUGACAUAUUACAAAUCCCAAAGUACUGUACACAUUUGAAGUUAAUGCUGAAGCAAAAAGUCUUUUUAUACAUAAGCAAUCUGCCUGGGGA